GCCAACGUUAAGCUAUUUUAGUUUAAACGACCCUUCCAGCAAAGAACGACCCAGGCAGGGUCACCAUCGCUUCCAACCUGGGACCAGAUAACGUACAUGUUAAUGGUUUUUAAAGGAAAAACUAUUUAUUUGCUUGUAUGUAAUAUUUACCCAAUCCCCCUCCUGCUCCUUUUACGCGCCUCCGCUGCGCCUGCAAAAAAACACCAAAGCGCAAAAGCGCAGAACGCAUGUGAGCAGCCUCCUCUGGAGCGAUGACAUUUCGGUGGAGAUGAAGUAACCAGCUUGGUGUGUCAAAGAGCUGCUUGCAGUUACUGUAUAGCUCACCCACCCUGCGCGCAAUGGCACGGAGCGCUCCAACAGCUGGAGCUGGAGGCUGUCACCGGAUAAGUUUCAUGUCAGCUCGGACUAAGCGGCUCCAUGAUGGCAUCUGGUGAAUUCUCCACUGGGAAACGGUGACAUGUGUCCACUUUGCGUUUAAAGAGGGGGGGCGCGCUCCGAAUACAGCACCAUUAAGGACUAUAAAUGUUAUAGGUUUGCCAAGUAUCUCACCUCCCAUGUAACUGGGGAAAAGCCAUGGCAAUGUUUAGCAGUGCAGAGCGACUCUGGAACGAGUCGGACCGACCUGGCUGGGAUCAGAAGAAUGAGAGCACGGACUCUUUGGGGGAGGAUGAGCGCAACUACUACGCCAUGCUGUACUCCCUGCUCAUCUUGGCCAUUGUGUUUGGGAACGUGUUGGUGUGCCUGGCUGUGCUGAGGGAGCGCUCUCUCCAGACCACAACAAACUACCUGGUGGUCAGCCUGGCUGUGGCUGACCUGCUGGUUGCCUCGCUGGUCAUGCCCUGGGCCGUAUACCUGGAGGUGGUUGGCGGCGCCUGGCUUUUCAGCAGACUCUACUGUAACAUCUUCGUCACGCUGGAUGUCAUGAUGUGCACUGCCAGUAUACUCAACCUGUGCGCUAUCAGCAUUGACAGGUACACAGCAGUGGUAAUGCCAGUCUUGUACAACACAACUCAUCGGUCGAGGAAAAGAGUCUUUGCCAUGAUUGCUACAGUGUGGGUCCUUGCUUUCGCAGUCUCUUGUCCCUUGCUGUUUGGCUUUAACACCACAGAUGAUCCUUUGGUGUGCUCUAUUUCAAACCCUGACUUUGUGAUAUACUCCUCCGUGGUGUCUUUCUACCUGCCGUUCAUCGUCACUCUGCUGGUAUAUAUCCGAAUCUACGUCUUCCUCAGGAUGAGGAGGAAAAGGAUCGCCUUCGGACAGGCAAGCGGAAAAGUUCAGCCUGGUUCCACUCAGCCUUCAAUG